UUAGAGGGGCAAAGCGAGCGCGCCCGGCGUCACGUAUAUAAGGGGCGCUGUGCAGCGCGCCUGCCACCCGCACCGCACCGCACCGACUGCGGUAAGUGUGUGAGCGCGUGUCUGUGUCCGUGUGCGGACGGUCCGUGGAGGCGGCCCCGCGCUCACCCCGUGUCCCCCGGGCAGCCCCGUCCCCCGGCUCCCGGCCCCGCGGCUGCACGGGCAGAGAGAGGCGACGAUGAGGACCGCGGUGGCCCUGGCGGUGCUGCUCCUGGUGUCGGCGCAGGCGCUGGCGGACGACGCGGGCGCCAACGAGGAUGUGAACUACUGGUCGGACUGGUCCGACAGCGACCAGGUCAAGGAGGAGCUGCCGCUGCCUUUCGAGCACUUUCUGCAGAGGAUCGCCCGGAGACCCCGGCCGCAGCAGUUCUUCGGCUUGAUGGGCAAGCGGGACGCAGGCUAUGGCCAAAUCUCUCAUAAAAUGAAUGGGAAAGUCUUUACAUGGGACAAGCCAUAAAAAGAUAAGCAAGUUUGUCUGAAAUCAGGAUCCUCUGAAAGGAACACAGCACAGAAUUACGAACGAAGGCGUAAAUAAGACAUUCCUGUGUAUUAUUUAUUAAACUUCAUUUGUUUAAAUGGCCAAUGCAGUGUAAUAUAAAUUAUCCACUGUAAGGAAUAAUUAUUUAUUUAAUAAUAAUUGUUGUUUUUUGAGUUGUAAAUUCAAUAAAAUGAUUAUUUUUCAUAUUGUGGCAGCGAUACAUGUUGUGUAAGUGUGUUGUGGUUCCAAAAUAACAGCUCCUUAUGGAACAGAAAUUGAUGUUGCACAGCAAAGCACAUUAUUUGGUAUGACCUGUAAAAUUGUGUUCACCAAACAAACAAAAUUAUUUUGUUAAUUUAAAGCAAUCAUAUCAGCUUCACUACCAAUGUAGAGCAGAACUGGUGUACAGUCUAGUGCCUCAAUUUGUUUCCAUGGUUUAAAAUGUACUGUAAUUUCCAUAUAAAAAUAUAUUUGUAACAUUGCAGCAUGUUCUCUGUUUUGUGGCUACAUAUAUAUAUUUAAAAAAAAAAAAAAGGUUUGAAUGUGAAUUCAAGGUCUUCAUUUCAUAGUCUGGAAUUUUACGAUCGUAACAUUUUAAAUAAAAACUACUUUUAAGAUUUUGCAACAUA